AUGCAAUCCACCGUGCAUCUGGUCCGAGCUUUUGACUCAGAAGCAGGGAAACGAGCCCAACCAUCAAUAGACGCGGCAACUACUGGUGGUUCGUCACCUCCUUGCCGCAUGUUCGUCCCCGACCGAACAUCUAACACCAAAUUUCUCAUCGACACCGAUGCCGACAUAUCUGUCAUUCCGCCGACCCACCCGGACAAACGCAGAGCAAACAAUUAUCAUCUUUACGCUGCAAACCAUCGCACCAUCCAAACUUACGGAGAACGAGCAUUAAACUUGAACCUCGGAUUACGACGUCCAAUCAAAUGGAUUUUCUGUAUAGCGGACGUGCCAUACCCGAUCAUCGGAGCGGACUUGAUUCAUAAAUUCGGACUCAUCGUCGAUCUACGCCAAGGCAUUCUUACCGAUCCCGACACGGGAUUACAAACCUCAGGUACGCUUUCUUAUACUCAUAUCAACUCGAUAACUGCAAUAAUAUCAAAUUCCAAGUACACAGAUAUGCUCCCCAGCCAACGCAGUUAUAUAUCUGCAAGAUUGCAAUGAUAUAACCUAAUAUCACAGCAUAUAUAACCUGAGAGUUACAGUUGCAUUGCGACUAUCAAGUAAUUUCGCUGAUUUUGCAAGUUUCGAUGAUGUAAUUCACACAUUGCAUGUUAUGUAGCAUGUUACAUGACAGUGACUUCAAUGUUUCAAACUAAUGUAACUCACCUUCAUGUAUUUACCAACAUAACGUCAACUUUAGGAGCUAUGUUUAUGCUAUGAGAUAUUUUAGGUAACUGUUAUAUGUUUAACUGCACUCUGGGUAUAUAACAUCUAUGUUCGUGUUAUCACUAACGAAUGUCACAUGGAACUUGAAGUUAUGUCAAAAUAAGGUAAUUAGUACAUUUAUUUGAUGUAAAAUCGGAUGUAAUCGCAACAUUAAUGUUAUGUGAAAAUGAAUGUAACAGUGACGAUCGAAUUGAAAUGACGGGCGGUAAUAUUAACAUUGCAUGUAUAGAAUGAUAAAGAUGGUUUUGCAAGGAACAACAACAUAAUCAAUUGUUAGCAUAAUAUAUUUAUUAAAUGUAAAAAAGAUGCGUCAUCAAUGUAACAGCUUGAUAUGUAGACACUCUAGGUUAUAUGUAAUUUGAAUCGCAGUUCUAAAAUUAUAUCCUUUCACGUUAUAAUACUUCACAUUCUAUUGCACAUCACUUUUAUUUAACAUCUAUUAUUCUCAACAUUAUGAGUUAUCAAUUUAUUAUUCAACAUCAUAAGGUUCGACAUUUCAUAAUUAUGAAGCUUAUAGUUUAGGAACAAUAUCACCUAUGACAUAAUAGGAAAACUAUAUAACAGCUAGGACUAACUCAGAACAAUUUAAUAACUUCAUUAAAAUAGAUGAGAGCAUAUUAAUGGAACUAUGAAAUUAAACCUAAUUUUUCAGCCAUGUUUUUCUCUUUGGAACUUAGGAUAAUAGCUAUUUAUAUAAUUAUAUAAAAUAAAUACUAAUAAAAGGGGUAUCACAAUUAGUUAAUGUACAUAAUUUUGAAUUAUUAUUACACACAAGUCCAUUAUUGUUAGUAGAAAAUGAUUUGAAAAUUUCGUCAAUAUUGAUGAAUACAUAAAAAAGGAUUUUGAUCAACAUUUUCCAGAAAUGAUAGGUGUUUCAGAGAAUUUUAUUCGAAAGGCUUAUUGAACCUAGUGAUUUUGAUUUUUUGAAUAACUAUUUUUUUUUAAUUUGAUGAUACCUUUGAUGAAUUUGCCCAAAAUUAAAGUAAACAAUGCAAUUAUGAGUUUAUGACAUAAAUUUAACUUUUAACGUGAAUACCUUUCAAUCGCUUCGGUUUAUCAAAAAAUCAUAAGAGAUAUUUUUUGUAGAGCGUUCAAUUUUUUACUAAAAUAUUCAUCACGCAUAAAAAUCCGUUGAUUAGUUUGUGAGCUAGAAAAUUCUGAAAAAAAAUUGUUUUCCUGUGUUAUUUAAAUGGAAAAUAGAAAUCUUCGAUGCGCGACCUCUGAAUAUUAAAAUUAAGAGCUCUUUUUACAGGCGUCUUUUCUCAGUAUUUUAAAGAUAUUUUAGUACGGGCUUUAAAAAAAAAAAAGUUGAUUUUUUUAAUCAGCCUAAUAUAUUUUAUAUUAUAUAAGUUGGGACAUGUUUGAGACUAUGGAUUUUGCCCAUUUUUUUCUUUCCUUGAAAUCCGCUGCUUGGCAAAACGGAACCACUCGGCACCAUGGCUUUCAAAAUCGAGGUCCGUCACCCCUGCGUGCGAUGAACAUAUGAUAUAUAUUUCGUGAAAUAAUAAAAAUUCAUCGAAAAUAACAAAGGCUCUAGCCACUCUGUCAUGGCCAACUCGGCACUGCCCAAGUUUUCCAUUUGUUUUUUGCAGGCUGGACAUACCCUUUAAAUUCAAAAAUUUGAACUACAGCUAUUGGAGGCUGUAAAAUCAUUGCCAUGGUAUGGCCAGCCUGCAAGAAACAACUGGAAAACUUGGGCAGUGCCGAGUUGGCUAUGACAGAGUGGUUACUUUCAAGAUAAUCUAUGUAAUGACGAAAUUUGAAAUAUUUUAAUCUUGAACAUAUCCAAUCAACUGAAUCAUUAUCACGUCAAUACAUAAUUAUAACGAAACCAAUUAAAGCCAUGGGAUAAUUAAAUUGAUUUAUAUUUUGUAAGUACAUACAUAGAUAUAAAGACCUUAUGAAGAUAUAAAUAAUAGACCUAAUAGAUAUAAAGGUUUUCUAUAUCUAUGGUACAUAAUAAAAAGUAUUUAAAUUUAUGUCCAGACAUAAUAACAAUGUAUUUUAUACCUAUACAUAUUUUGUAUCUUUUCCUAUUUGUUUAGAAUUAAUAUUAUGUAGGGACAUAAUUGUAUGUGAAUAUCUUCAUAUAAUUCACAUAAAAAAAAAAUUCUCAAGAUGUAGUACUUCAAAUAAUGAUGAAAAAAAAAUGUUUGUAUCAUUUCCAAAAUAUGAUGCUAUUAAAUAGGAAAAUGAGGUGCCAAUGAUCAUCAGGAUUACUAUUCGAAACGAAGUUCUCUAGUAGUUCGUGUUCUGUAUUUUGCAAAUUAUUCUAGACGUUAUCCGCGAAUACAUUUUGUGUAUAGUAGAACCUCGAUUAUCCGAACCUCUAUUAUCCGAACCUCAACUUGCUGUUGUUUCUUUUUUGUUUUUUUUUUGCGUAUUUUUCAUAUUUUAUUACAAAGAAUUUAUCUUGUAUAUAUUUGAACGACGCUGCAAAAUUUUGAAAUUUAUAAGUAUUAUGAAGCACUGCGCGCAAUUACAAUGUUGCAAACAAAGCGUUUGCACAAACGUGUUCAAGCUUAUUGGUUCGCCUGUGAGAGCAUCAUGUAUUCCUAUAGUUUUGAGUUUCAAAUAUUACAUGACAUACACAUUCACAUGUUUAAUUAUUUGUUAUUUGGACGUUUGAUACUUAGAAAAACAUUGAAGCUACAUGUUAAAUGUUUAUAUAAAUGUUAUUAGAUUAUACCUAUAUAAUAUAUAUAUUAGGGUGCUUCAAAAAAAAUUUUGAAUU